AUGAGUGUAACAGAAGCUGAAAUGAGAGCUAUUUUUCAAGAAGUUUUUGAAAAUAAUAAAGCACAUUUAACAGAUAUUAAACUAAACCGAAGAAAGCAAGCUUUACCAACUUUGGCUGUGUGUGGUGGGAGUGGUGGAGGACAGUGGAAGGAAGUGAAAAAUGGUGAGGAUUGGUUGGAAUUUUGGGCAUUAUUUAUUCCUAAUUGGGUUCAGCCAAUUUCGUUAAGGGUUCAUUUAGUUAUUAGUGACUGUAUCG